AUGGAUAAGAACUUUCAUGACGAGCAGUGUAGAGGAACUGUAACAUUUACACCUCCAUUGUACAAACAACGCUACCAGUUCAUUAAGGAUUUAGUGGGGAAAUACAAACCUAAGAAGGUGGCAGAUCUAGGAUGUGCUGACUGCACACUUCUCUGGAUGCUGAAAUUCUGCCAUUGUAUUGAAGUGUUAGCUGGGCUAGAUAUCUGCGAACGAGUAAUGAGAGAAAACAUGUAUAGAUUGUCUCCUCUUCCUGGUGAUUAUUUGCAACCAACUGAAAGAUCCCUAACUAUUACUUUGCAUCAUGGUUCAGUUGCCCAUAAAGAUCCUUGCAUGCUUGGUUUUGACUUGGUAACAUGUAUAGAACUAAUAGAGCACCUGGAAGAAUCAGAACUCAAGAAAUUUCCUGAAGUAGUGUUUGGUUUCAUGGCUCCAAGCAUAGUUGUCAUCAGUACUCCAAAUUCUGGAUUUAACCCUUUGCUUCCAGGAGUGACAUUAUUCAGGGAUCCAGACCACAAAUUUGAAUGGAACAGAGUGCAGUUUCAAAGCUGGGCUCUAGAGACUGCUAGUCGCUAUGAUUAUUCAGUGGAAUUUACUGGCUUAGGGCACCCACCAACAGGAAUGGAGAAUGUUGGGUUUUGUACCCAAAUAGGUGUGUUUGUUAGAAAAUAUCCUCAAACUAGCGGAUCUGCUCAUCCUGAGAAACCCACUGAAGCAGUUUACAAAACGGUCUUCAAAGCAGUGUAUCCAAGUCUUAAAGAUGAGAAGUACCUGCAGAAUGCAGUAGUCAGUGAAGUUUUUUUCACAGCACAAAUCAUUAAGCAAAGUCUGCUGGACCAUUUAAUAUCAGAAUGUGAAGAGUAUAAUGAUGAUCCUACUGAGAGAAAAUCCAAAUUCCAACUUUCAAUGAAGUUUCUUUCAGAAGAUCUCAGAAAACUGGUUGUUGAAAAAAACAUGGAACCAUUUGUGAAUAAAAAUGUGCUUUAUAUACCUCUUAAAACAAUAUUUUCUUUUCCCAAAGUGAAUAAACUUUGUGGUACCUUUGACAGAUUUUGCAAGCUUAUAGCUGGUAAGGUCACACUGAGCAGUGAUGGUUCUGCUGUGAUAUUCAAUAAUGAAAAUGAAAAUGAAGAUAAUUAG